ACCACGACUGUUACUAUAAGGCCCCAGUUACACUGCACAACAAAUUUGUUUUUUUUGCCCUAAAGUGAUACAGAUCGGAUUAUUUUUGCCAAAUAUCGAUCACAUCAGGUCACUGAUACUACGCACUGUCGACCUUUGGAUCGUUCCACACUCCCCCAAGUUUUCUGCGGACGGGAUCACAUCUGCAGUUGAUGCUCCGUGAAUGAAGUUGAGUUUUUCCAAGAAAUGAGUUUAAUCUUUUAAACUUUCACCCCGUUAAUAUUUUAACUUUGCAUCGUAAAGUCACGUCAAAAAAAAAGGAAGACUUCACCGGACUAUGAGGAGCAUCCAGGCUUGGCCACGAGCAGCGCGGAGGAGCGAGUGGCUGCGGUGCGCCUUGGCCCACCACCACGACCCCAAUCCGGGCGUGGAGAACGAGAUAGUCGUCCUGGCCACCGGCAUCGACCAGUACUUGCAGGAGGUCUUCCACCAUCUUGCUUAUCCCAACCGGGAGGACAAGGUGUCGGCGGAGGACUUCACCACGCUGUGCUCGGUGCUGGGCGUCCGGGAGAAGAGCACCAAACAACCCGGGGAUGAAGACGGUGAUGACGGGGAGCUCGGCCAUGUUUGCUCCGGGCUGCCGUGCCAGUUGACUUUUAAGGACUUCCACGCGCGUCUGUGCGGCUUCUUUCGGCUGCGGGACUGCGGCUGGCGGCUGCCCGUCACGGAGGAGACCGAGCUGGUGGAAAGACAGAUUCUUCUCCGGUGGCCUCGGCUGAGGAGGAGAAAAGAUGUCACCGUGGAUGUGACCAGGAAAGCGGACGACGCCGAGUCAGAAGAGUUAGCCGCUCUCAGAGAGUUGGUGGAGGACCUUCGCUCAGCACUGCAAGGCAGCGACGCACGUUGCCUGGCCCUCGAAGUGGCUCUGAGAAGAGAGCGGGGCCGCGCUGUCCCUCCCACCCCGACGACUGUUUCCUACCCCACAACCUCUGUCUCCCUCAUACAAGGCAAACUGGUGCCCACACGCCGCAUCAAAGGACGCGCUGACGCAGGCGAUGGAGUCAGAAGGUUUGGCAGGCGAUGGGAGACAUGGGACCCCCUCUUCAGAGAGCUGAAGCUGAUCCGUUCAUCUCGUGACGGACAGCUGGAGGAGGCCAUCAAGUUCAACGAACGUCUGGAGCAGGAGUUGCGAUGGGCAUACCAGGAAGUGCGGACACGUCAAGUGGCGGAAUCUGCUCUGAGGAGGGAGAACAACCAAAUUAGGAGGCGAGCGGAGGAGGCCAGAGAGGCUUUGAGCUUGGGCCUUGAGAGGGUCAGAAGGAUUCAGGAACAAGCUGAAUCUGUGCCACAGCUUCAGUCCAGGAUCAGUCAGCUGGAGAUGGAACUGGAGCAGUACAGAUUCAGUUGUGUCUGUCUCCCUGACGCUGCCUCACCCAGAGGAGUCGCAAGCUACCAGAAAACAGAUGCGGAGUGUCUGCAGAGAGCGGUGGAGGGCCGAGCUGCCUCCGAUGAAGAGGAAGAGGGCCACAGGGGGGCCGUCGAGCAAGGACAACGCUGCCCCCCGGAGGCGAAGAAGCACAUCAACCCACCGCACGGCUGCGCUAAAGGAUGUCAGAGUCACACGGUCCACCAGCGCUGUUCUAAGGGCCAACAAAGCAGUGAGUCAGAGGCCAGCAGGGGGCGCUGCAGCUGGCCCAGACUAAACCAAGAGUUGGGGGAGGAGAAGGAGGAGGCCAAGAGGAGCCUGGAGGAGAAAGAACGGGCGAGGUUGUCUCUGCUGGAGGAAAAGUUCAGGGAUUCUCUCCUCUUGCUGCUGCAGCUACGGAACAAGAAGGUGUCCCGCAGGGAACUGGGCACAAUCGUGAUGGAGAUGUUAGACAUGUGCAGUAACCAUGGAGACGGUCCAUCUGAGGUCCUGCAGGUGGCCGACACCUUCUACAUGCACUUAUCCUCCAGGGAUUACCUGGGCGAAGGGGGCGGGGCCAAAGGGGGCGCCAGGGAGAGCAAACAGCCGAGCGGCACCAACCCUCUGCUCAUCUCCUGCUAACCAAGCUCACUUACCCACAAUUCUCUGUUGCUGUUUACAAUUUAACAACGAAACUACAUUUAAUUUAAUUCAUAUUUAUGUUGAUUAAAGUUCUAAUCAUGUUUACCUUUUUUAGAAAUGACCUUUUUUUUUGGUGUUUUUAUAACGUGCAUGUGUGGCUUGACAGUGCAGUGAACUCACAGCACUUGUUCCACAUUUUGUUAUCUCACAGCCUUAUUCUAAAAUGGAAUAAAUUCAUUUUUGUCCUCAAAAUUCCACAGACAAUACCCCGUGACGACAAUGUAAAAAUGUUUUUAUAAUUUUUUUUCAAAUGUAUUAAAAAAAAACAAAAAAACACAUUUACAUAAGUAUUAUUGUUGAUGCCCCUUUGGCAGCAAUUACAGUCUUUUUGAAUUUUUGGUACACAUAUAUUCCUCUUUGCAGCACCUCUCAAGCUCCAUCAGGUUGGAUGGGAAAGGUUGGUUUUCAUCCAGGAUGUCUCUGUACACGGCUGCAUUCAUAUUUCUCUCUAUCCUUACUAGUCUCCUACAGCAUGAUCAUGGAUGGAAACCAAUGUUUUUGUCAAUACAUUUAUAAUUUAUCAAAAAUGUAUAAAUAAAACAUGUUGUACAAUGUUUCUAUGGGGUAUUGUGUGUAGAAUUUUGAGGACAAAAGUGAAUUGAUUUUAUUUUGGAAUAAGGCUGUAGCAUAACAAAAUGUGGGGAAAAGUGAAGCCCUGUGAAUACAUUCCAAAUGAUGUCAUUAAAGCUGCUAUAUUUGUGAGUAGCCAUUUCACUAAAUGACAACACAAAUUGUGCACAUUUUUAUGAAAUAACUGACUAAUUAAAUGUCUAAUUGUACUUAAUUCAGCAUUUUGUUUACAAGCUAAUUUUGUUGUAUGCCGCGACGACAAUGCCAAUAAAGCUUU